AUGGCAGCGGAACUUAUUCAAUUGAAUCCUGGACAGCAAGUGGAAAGGUGGAAAAUCGAGAAAAAACUUGGAGAAGGAGGAUUCAGAGCGGUCUAUCGUGUCUAUGAUGCCACUGGAAAAUAUGCGAUGAAAGUGGAAGGAUGUAACGAAGAGAUUCAGGUUUUGAAACUCGAAGUUUCAGUGCUCACAGAGCUCUCGAGACGUGGAAAUCGACACUUCUGUCGAAUCGAGGAUAAGGGAAGAUUCAAAAACUUCAAUUUUGUUGUCAUGACACUUGUUGGCAAGUCGUUAGAGGAUUUGAAGAAAGCGGGAAGUGGAGGACACAUGUCAAUGGGAUGUUCAAUUGGAAUUGGAAUCCAGGCGCUGGAAGCAUUGGAAGAUCUACAUAACAUCGGGUAUUUGCAUCGAGACGUCAAACCCGGAAACUAUACCAUCGGACGCCUGGAGCUCAACGAAAUCCGGAAAGUGUAUAUUCUCGAUUUUGGAAUGUGCCGAAAAUUUACAGGACUCGAUGGCCUGAUCCGUAAACCACGGCAAGCAGCUGGUUUCCGCGGAACUGUCAGAUACGCUUCGAUUAGUUGUCAUAUGCAGAAAGACUUGUGCCGGAGCGACGACUUGGAGACGUGGAUGUACAUGCAAGCUGAAUUGUCUUAUGGCCGUCUUCCAUGGGCUCAUAUCAGUGAUAUGAAUGAGGUUGGAAAACAGAAACAUUCGAUUAGAAAGAACGCCCAGAAGUUGUUCCCUUCACCGUGUCCUCGGGAGUUUCAAGAAAUUUUCAAUUAUGUCGGCAAAAUGAAAUACUACGAUACACCUGAUUAUCAGAUGAUAUAUGGACAUGCUCCAUACGAUUGGGAGGCUGGAGGUCCUGCAGCUCACAUUCUUCGUUAA